UCCCCUUAAAAAAGUAUCUCCACCUCCUACGGUACAAGGGCCACGCCACGCCUAACUCUCUCCCUCUCUCUCUCCUCGCCGCCGCCGCCGCCUCCACGUUUCUCUCUCCUCGCCGCGCGCCGGCGAGACCUCGCCGCCAUGAACAAUCUCCUCACCGAUUCGUUUGAGCUCCCUCGGGGAGGCUCUUCAAGAGAUGGGGACAUUGAAAUGGGAAUGCAAGCUGAUCCUUCAGACAAUCUAAAAGGUUUCUUGAAAAAGGUUGACGCAAUUGAAAGCCUAAUUGCUAAGCUGACGAAUCUCUUGCAUAAGCUUCAGACUGCAAAUGAGGAAUCUAAAGCGGUUACAAAAGCAAGGGACAUGAAAGCAAUUAAACAGAGGAUGGAGAAAGAUAUUGAUGAAGUGGGGAAAAUCGCUCGCAUGGCAAAGACAAAAGUUGAUGAAUUGGAAAAAGAUAACUUAUCAAACAGACAAAAGCCUGGAUGUGGGAAAGGAUCUGCGGUAGAUCGAUCAAGAGAACAGACUACUGGAGCAGUGAAAAAGAAAUUGAAGGAGCGCAUGGAUGAUUUUCAGGUUUUGAGAGAAGCAAUCCGGCAGGAGUAUCGUGAUGUCGUUGAAAGAAGGGUGUUUACAGUAACUGGUAGUCGUCCUGAUGAAGAGACAGUUGACAAUUUAAUAGAGACUGGAAGAAGUGAGCAAAUUUUCCAAGAAGCUAUCCAACAGCAGGGAAGAGGCCAAAUACUGGACACUGUUGCAGAGAUACAGGAACGUCACGAUGCUGUAAGAGAUCUAGAGAGGAAGCUUCUGGAGUUGCAGCAGAUAUUCAUGGAUAUGGCAGUUUUGGUUGAUGCUCAAGGAGACAUGAUCAACAACAUAGAGACACAUGUUUCAAAUGCUACCAACCACAUACAACAAGGCGUCAGUGCUCUACAGAACGCGAAGAAGCUCCAGAAGAACUCCAGGAAGUGGAUGUGCUACGCCAUCAUCCUCCUGCUCAUCAUAGUGGUGAUCAUUGUCGUCGCCGUCAUCCAGCCAUGGAAGAAGGGUGCUUGAUUGUAACUUGGAAAAAGAAGAUCGUGGGAUAUAUUUUUUUCCCUGUUUGUGCAAUAUGUGUAGUUGUGUCUCCGAUUCCCUCCUACCCCUGUACGUAUGCUUAACAAAACAACAUGAUGAGAUUGAGAUUCGUUUGCCCUUAGGCGCAGGUUGAUUCAUCUUCAUACCAGAUUUCCUGUGCAAUCUACCACGCCAGGGGUUAUGUGUGAAACAAUGGUCCCAUCAGUCUCAACAAAAAUUGUGAAUUCCUGGAUCUUUUACAA